CAGUGGAUGCGCGGCGGCCGCAUGCGCCGGCCGACCCGCCGUGGCGGCGCCCCAGCGGCCUCGAGAAGCAGCGAGCAGACGCAGAGGACGUAUGGGAUGGAGACGACGGAGGAGGAGAACGAGGAAAAGCGGAGAGAAGAAGGAAAAAGGGAGGGCCGUUCAGGGGAGAGCCUCCUGCUCGGAGCUGGCGGGCAGCGAGACUGCAAGGAUGAAGGAAGAAAGGAAGUGGAGGAGACAGGAUGAGACAAGAAGGGAGUCCUCAGGCGAGGAGAGACAGAGCGGAAAAAGGAAAAAGACGAGAGCGAGAGAGAACCAAGAGAGAGGUUCCUGCUGUGGAGACCACCCGUUUGUAUCGCCCCGAGGCCUCAGUGCCAGCACCAGGUGUUCGCAUGCGCACGGUGCUGCUCCAAGAGCGACUGGGCGCGUGAAUAGUCGGUCCUUGGUGGCCACACAAAAAGAAGAAAGCAAUGAGCCUUCUUUAGUACGAAAAGAGAUGCUUUUUUCCUUCCACUGUCAACGCGCCGUGUGUUCAAACGUGGCCUGAACUGUGGAGGUGGAGGAAAGUUGCUCGGGAGGACCGUCUCUCUGCAUGCAACGAAAAAAAGAUGAUGGACGGGAGAAUAGACAAGGAAAGAAGGAAAUCCCAAAGAAAUCGUUCCUCUGUGUUUCACAUGCUAAGGCUGGUCUCGCAUAGGAGACUCGCUGUCUCCUUUUUCGGUGGAAGGACCCAGUGUCUGGAGCCAGACACAGGGCCGCUGCUCAACUAAGCCGGAUUGAUGCUCUGUUCGUCAGGUUGCUGAACUCUGAGAUUCCUGCGACGGUCUACGCUUCAUCCCCUGUAUUCCUCUAAGAACUCCAAAUCGCCGUCUCCCUUUGGCUUCGCUUGUACACACCUGCUUCCACGUAAAGCCGCCGAGAGCUCGUCUUCGUCUUCAGUUUGUUCAUCGCUCCUUCUUCUCCACUCCGUGCUCUGUUCUUCUUCUGCAUCUCGUCGUAUCCCGCGCUUCCUUUUUCCUUUUUCGUCUUUAUCUCUUGUUCAUCUCGUUGUCUUCCUUCUCCUCAUCGCUUCGUCUCUUCCUUCAUCGUCGGUCCCGUUUCUAUCUCUCUCCUCCCUAUCGUCUCCGUCUUCUCCGACGCAUCCUCUUCUCCCUCUCUUCUCUCUGCUCUUCUGAUUCGUCUUCCUUUUUCGCGUCCGCCCAGCUCCUUCGCUUCACCUCUCCGUUCUUCUUUCUUUGUUAUUCUUCGUCUCCCUGCCCUUCUUCCCCUUGUCUUCAUCGUUUCCUCUCCUCCUCCCCUCUUGUUCGCGUGGCCGCCCUUCUCCUUUCCGUCUCCCUUUGCGUCUUCGCCCUCUCCUAUUACCUCCCUCCUCUUCGCCUCCGUGUCGCGUCUUCGCUUUUUUCCUUCGUUGCCUUCGUCUCCUUCUCCUUCGUCUCGUCUUUUCCACCAUGGCAGCACGUCGAGUCGGCGGCAUCGGGAGGCGGUGCUUCCUGACGCUCCACUGUUCGGCUUGCUCGUUCUUCUUUCAGACAAGCGACGCCAUUAAACUCAUCCUCACCCAGCAGCAUCACAUCCUCCGCAAAAAGGGGGAGACUCGCUUCCUUUCGGGCGCCUCCGGAGACGCUGUGCACCUGGAAAGUGUCGGGGCAUCUAACGAAGCCCAAGGAAACCGUCCUUCUUCCUCUUCGUCUCCCUCUUCUUCUGGAGGAACUAGGGAUAAGGGUGUCUCGCGCCGGGUCGUCGCUGCCGCAGCUUCUUCGGCUGCUUCCAAGUUCUCUCUCCUGCCUCUUGCAGACGCGAGUUUGCUGCUCAAACGCAGGGGCGCCCUCGUCCUCCGUUCGCUGCACGGAGACCCGCUUGUGGGGUCGCGGAGACAGAGGGGCGAGUUCGCGCCGCAGGCCCCGACGGCGGAGAUGGCCAAGAUGCUCAACAAGAGCUGCGUUCCUUGCCCCCGUUGCAAACGCGAAGGACGAUGGGAGGAAGGAAAAAAGUGAAGAAACGCGGGAAGCGCACGCGGUUCGCGCGACCACGAGAGAGGCCGUCCGACAGGCGAAGCCGCGGAGAAGGCACUCACGAACUCCCUGUGUCUCGAGAUGUACAUGCACCUCUCGUGGGUGGACUGGGAAGGAGAGCGCGAAGGCGAAAUAGACUGUGGGGAGAAAGAGUUCCAAGAAUGGCUUCUCUUAGUGUUUUUCAGAAUCAGGUCUUCGACCGCCGUUCCCGUUUAUCCCCGGUUCUUGUGAGCAUGUGGCGCUGCCCGUGCCGAAGGCUCUUUGACAUCUCACAGUUGAUCUUCUAUAAACACCUGGGGAAUCUCUCGUUCCUCGCCCUCAGAGCAACCGUCCAUUUCUCGCAUCUCAAUCCUGCUGUCGCCGUACCCGUCCACGUCUAUACAUAGAAAUGCAUGUAUAUAUAUGUACGGGCCUCUCUGUAACUCCGUUUCUUUCUAUAUCUAUGAAGUAGGCAAACGGGCAUGAAGAGGAAAGAGAGCUGAAGAGCCGGAGGACAGUGUAAAGGGAGAGAGAGAUCCAUUCGAGACUCCUCUGGGUGAACGUAGGCCUGCGUGCAGGGGCAUAGUAAAUCGGAAAACCGAACGCAAAGUGCAUCUUGUUUCGUCAGCCCUCUAGGAUACGUUCGUACGCGUUUCACGUGAAUGUAAAGCAGGCGGACCUUGCGCGCUGCGGCGAACUCGAAAAUUGAAGAAAUCAAAGGACCCGUUAUAGGAAACCCCCAACGGCAGAGGGACGACGAUGGAUUAACUUACGAAGCCCAGUGUCGACAUGCACAGGAAGUUUUUAAAGCGUACACAGCCUUUGCUCCUAUGUAUACCCUUCCCUAUUUCCAUGCGGUGUAUGUACACCCGAGACUGACCUCACGGAGAUGCAUCGAGCGACGCCGAGUGUACGUACACCCGAGGCGUGCUCAGAAGGCGCACGUGUCCUGUUUCGGACGUAGACAAUUAAGAGAGGCAGGAAGGCGGAGGAGGGCGAAAGCACGGUGAGGUGUGUUGUAGAAGCAUCUUGUCUGACGCGAGAUCUACUCUGUCGUUUUUCUCGUUCAUGGAGACCCAACGGAGGGCGCAGCUCGUAGCUUGGAAUCCUGAGACACUCAAGCAUGAAAGCGUG